UUGUGGGGAGGUAGAGACUGUGAAGCAUGCCCUGUUGCAGGCGGUGUGCAGAGGAUAGGAUCACUUUUUUCUGUGAGUUGGCUGAGUUAUAUCCACAUUUUCGCUUUUAACAAUUUUGGGCUCAAAUGAGAGGCAGAGCGAAAUAGCAAGGAAGCUGUUGUCGAUUCUCUAUUCCACCGGCCUGCUACGGGUGUGAGGCUAUUAGAUAUUUAAAUGUGUAAUUCGCACACCGACCUGAAAAAGGUAGCAAAACGCAAGUCUAGUCUGCCGGAAACGCACAAGAAGAAGAAGGAGAGUCCCGGAACGAAAGAAGCAGUUGCUAUGGCCGACAUGUUUCCAUGUCAACAAUAAAUGGACCUAGCUUCUGCUGAAAAACUAGCCAGAGAAGGAGAGGGGAAUGGCAGAGACAACAGAGAGCAAAAAGGAGGAGGCCGAUUACAAGAGGCUCCACAGCUUCCCACUCAUCAGGCACACAGACAUGCCAGAGGAGAUGAGAGUGGAAACAAUGGAACUGUGUGUCACAGCCUGUGAGAAGUUUGCCACCAACAAUGAGAAUGCAGCAAAGAUGAUCAAGGAGUCGAUGGAUAAAAAGUUUGGCAGCUCGUGGCACGUGGUGAUCGGGGAGGGCUUUGGCUUCGAGGUGACACACGAGGUCAAGAACCUGCUCUACACGUUCUUUGGAGGCAGCCUGGCCGUGUGUGUGUGGAAGUGCGCCUAGCACACACACACACACACACACAACCUGGCUCCCCUCCCAUCCACCCCUCCUCAGUCUGUCUCUACCUAACGAGUGUUUUUAUAUAUUUAUAUACACAUCCUGGAUGAUUCACCCAUCUCUGAGCUAUGC